CUUCCCUCCGUAGCGGGAGCUUGACCCGAAAUUUUGGGGUCCAUCUGGCGACAGCGCACUCAAUUUAACACAUCUCCCUUCAACCCAUCGAUUUCUCGAUACUUCCACCCGCCCUCCCUGCACGUCUUAAACACUCCGUCGUCGCGCCUCUCUUUUAUCGACUUUGCGAUUUACUGUUCCACUGCAGCCCAUUGGGAUUCCAUUUGCGACCUUCAUCCAACCACACACACAUACCUUUCCUCCCCAGUACCCACGCGCUUCUAUCCACAAUGGCCGACCAAGUCAAGGAGAUCCUCGAGGUUCCCUCCGAGUUCGCCCAGGAAGGUGUUCAGUUUAUGAGACGGUGCACCAAGCCCGACAAGGUCGAGUUCCUGAAGCUCUGCCAGGCCGUCGGUGUCGGUUUCCUCAUCAUGGGCGCUGUCGGCUACAUUGUCAAGCUGAUCCACAUCCCCGUCAAUAACAUCCUCGUCGGAGGCGCAUAAACGCAUAGGUGUCAUAUUCAACGGAAGUACCCGAGUCCACGGGUCGGCUUCUUACGCUCUACUACGUCGGCGCGGCCGACCAAGAUGAUGAUUUUAUACGCAAGGAUGGGUCUCGAAAAGCAUUGCAUGGGCAGAUUGCAACAUCAUGAUAGCCAGACGUGAGGGACGUCGCGCAGGAGUGGUGGGAGAUACCCCGAGACCAGUGGCUUCAUCGAUCAUGUACCAUUGCCAAAAGAGGGGGUUGACGCGCAUGGAAGAUGUACAAAUAAUAAAAAAUAA